UCAUUUCUUCCAUUCUACUUUGAUUGCUUCUUUCUUGUUUCCUUCAUUAGGGCAAAACAAUGACAAAAUGUUGGAGGGAGGCAUUGAUCAAAAUUUUAAUUAUUUACACCCGUCUAAUAGAAACAAAUUUUAUCACUUUGUUCUUGACAACUUAAAUUAUCAUUAAACUAGCUCAAGGUUCGUGUAAACCUACAGCUAUCUCAUUGUCACCGUCCUCUCUCUGCCUACCUAUCUUUCUCUUAAUUCCAGAGUUUAAUUAGCUAUAGAGUUUGCUAUUAUGCCACCUAAAAGUAGAAGCUACCAGGUCUCUGCUGCUCCAGUAACCAUGCUUGCACAUUUGAUUGCUAUAGCUGUGGCCACCCUUGUGCUUGUGUGGCUUCUACACUUCGAAGAGGGAUUUUCUUAUACAUCUGCCAACAAAAUCAAGAUCUUGAAUGUGCACACGUUUCUGAUGAUAGUAGGAUUUAUACUUAUAGCAGGAGAAGCUAUAAUGGCAUACAAGACGGUUCCGGCAAACAGGAAGGUGCAGAAGGCGGUUCACUUCAUAUUGCACAUGACAGCACUUGGGGCUGGAAUUAUGGGGGUUUAUGCAGCUUUUAAGUUUAAACAUGAGAUUGGAGCUAAAGAUAUGGUCACCAUACAUUCUUGGCUAGGCAUGUGUACCAUCUGCCUAUUUGGUUUACAGUGGGUGUUGGGUUUCUUCUCUUACGUAUUCCCUGGAGCAGAAAUGUCAUCAAGAGCAGCAUACAUGCCAUGGCAUGUUUUUGGUGGGAUGUUUAUUUUCUUUCUUGCAAUUUGCACUGCGGAGACUGGUUUAAUUCAGAGGUUCAAAACCUUAAACCAAGAAGGCCUCAUGCUCAAUUUCACUGGACUCUUGCUUGUCCUUUUUGCUGUUGGUGUUGGCCUAAGUGGUGUUCUUCCCCGAGGUUAUUGAUCAUAUUCCUGUCCAAUAUACUCAUAUUUUAGUAAAAUUCCAUAUCUUCUACGAUCUAGGAACAAAAAGAAGAAUCAGAAAUUCUUGUUACCAUUUU